ACGAAACACGAUCGAUUCACAGCGUGUCAUUAGAAUAGUGAAAUAAGAAAUACAUUCGAUACUUGCACAUAUUAUUCGAGAAAAACGACAUUCACGUUGACCAGUAGUAUCGAUUAAUAUUUUCGAGUUCGUUUCAACAUUCCAUCGAUAGUGGUUCAAAGUUUAUUUAAAAUAAAAUAAAAUCGAUUCGUUACUUUACCUGCCACGCAACUGCAUGCAACACAAUGCUGCGAUAUGAUGUCCAUGCUGUUGUCAAAGUAUUGUUUUUCGGCCGGAGUUCCUGCAUUAAUAAGUCCUAGAAAAAAAAAGUCGUUUAUUGUCUCGAGUGCAAUGGUUCACAAGUACAAGUGUCAGAAACGAUUUCAUCAUGUAGUUUUACAGAUUCCUCGUGGAAAUGUUUUGGCGCAUACAAAAUUCCAUUCAGUUUAGAGAAAUUCAAUCUCUCAAUGACACAUUAGUGUUCUUUUGAAAAUAAUUGUACGAAGGAAACAGUAUUAAAAUGUCCACGUUAAAAUUGAGUAUGCAAGAUAAAAAGGAUUUGGAUAAGUUCACCAAAUUCUUAGCAUUGAAAGCAACUCAAAUUAUAGUGCAGUCGAGGUUAGGUGAAAAGGUCAGCACAAAGUGCAAACCAAAUUCAUCUGGAACAGACUGGUUCAACUUAGCUAUUCACGAUGUACCAGAAGUUUUAGCUGAAGCUAAGAGGGCAUUAUGUGGGGAAAUAAUAAAUUCAACUAUACCUCUUUGCAUCGAAAUCUUUUUGAGAACCGUUGAAGGUGACACAAUGGUUUUAGAAACUUGGAGCCUUGGUAUUUUGCCAGAACAUAGUGAUCCUACUAUAAGAGUAACAUAUACUGUAUACAACAGAAUGAGUAUUUUAUUAAAAUCAUUGCUGUCUGUAUCAAGAAUUACUCCAGCUUACAAAUUGAGCAGAAGACAAGGUCCAGAUUCCUAUGUUAUUUGUUAUAGAAUUUAUAUGGGAGAACCACAGCUACAUACAUUAGGUGACAAUUAUAAACAUGUCAGAGUGGGUCAAUUGUACACACCUGUGGGUACAAUCCACUUAUCUGUAUCCUAUAGGACAAAAAUGACUAUAUCUCCUACUCAUACUGGUCGUGAUUCAAUUAUGUUAAAGAGCGAUCAUUUUCAUUCUGACUUAAGUCCCCGUAAUGCAAGAUACCAACAGAACGAAGAGACAUCAAAAUCCCUCAGUGAUACUAUAAAAGUUGGAGCGUUUGUAGUUAAUAAGCCAGUUACUGUUAAUGAAGAAGACUUUGUUAUACCAGAUGUACCUUUCAGUUCUUUAUUAACUCCCAGACAAACUUCACCUCUUCCGGUCUCGGUAGCCGAGACUACAAACACAAAGACUGCAACAGUAACUACUGCAAUGGAUAGCAGCAAUGGAAAUAACGAAAGACUUACAAACGAUAACACAACGUCAAAGUGCAACUCUCAGAACGGAUCUAGAAGGAGCAGCUGCUCAAUGACCAGUGCCAACGACGAUUUUAUUAUGAAAACACCUUUUGCCGUGACUAAUACUAAUAGCGAUCUGGGAGCAUUUUAUCGUGAAUGUCAAAGUGCUCCACAACUUCAAGCUUUCGUAAAAGAAGAAACACUUGGAGAACAAAUAGAAGAUCUAACCAAACAGUUAGAAACGUUCGAAACAAAGGGACGUUGGUAUGAAGAUAUUUUGUCAUCAUUAUGUCAUACAGAAAAUAAUAACUGAUAUUAAAAUCCAGCGAUACUUCGAGAAAGAGUGUAAUUAUACACGAAUUACAUAUAGUAUCUGUUAUAGAUUUAUGCGACUUUCAAUACACAAUAUUACAACAUUUCAACAAGAGCAUUUCAAUGAAAUUUUCCGUCAAAUGCUUCUAACGCAUGCAACCGCUUAUAGACAAAUUAAAUUUAUACAAUUAAAUCAAGAUUUAUCUAUAAAAUAGAAAAAUAAACAAUCUCCAAUGAUAUGUACGUGCAUUUGGCUUUAUAUGUCGAUGUACUAGUAAUCGUGUUUACUUGUUACGAACUAUCGAUUCAAUAAUCGAUAAUCGAUCAUUUCUCGUUUAAAACUGCUUUAAAUUAUUUAUUUGUCUACUAUUACCGUGUAACUUCUACUCGUAUAAGCUAUAUACUAAAAUCUGAUGUAAGUCUAAAGUAUGCUGUUUGUUGAAAUAAUUUAUUAAUAUAAUGUUAAUGAGCAACGUCAACGAUGGUUAGUUAAUAUAUGUUAAAACUUUAAUUAAUUUAUUGCUUGUACAUAGUGUAAAUUGUGCUUUAGCGUUGUAACAUUAAUUGAUGAGUAUAAAAGAAAU